AUGUGCACCGGGGCCGAAGAGAAGCCCCGCAAGAUCUCCACCUGGUGGUUGCCUGGUGGUUUCCGAAUCGUUCAUUCACAUGCUUGCCGGGAGGAGUUGCGGGCCUACCUCUUCUUAUUCAUGGAGGCGGCGCCCACGUGCUCCCAGCUUCGCAGCUUGGCGUUCAGUAACGGCCUGUGGUCCGAUGCAGCUUUCUGGAAGGCGUAUGCCGGCGUUUGCCUGAAAGAACACUGGCGAGAAGCCAACGCUGCGAUCUUGAGGGAGCGAUUUCGAGUCUGGCUCUUCCACCUCGAGGGAGAAUGGGAGAAAGACUUCGCUGAAGUCAUUGAGCAGGACGAGUUUAUGUCGGGCCUGAUGCCUGCAGACCGGGGCCCGCGAACCGACCAGUUUGUCCAGUUGGUCUGCUCGCUGCUUUCACGGUACAACCCCAAGCAGCUGGAUGAGAGAUGGGCUGCAGAGAGCUGCCUCUCCAAGGUUGAACAGAGGACCGACGUCUUCGCUGACGAUCAGGCAUGCGAACUUGAGGUCGCUGGAAAGGUCCAUGCUGGAGCAGCACUUGGAGGCACCCUGCAGGAUGUCAGAGCAAUAGGUCUGUUUGUUCAGGCAUCGUGGAUAUGUAUCGUGGAAGGGCCAGGGGCUUGGAAGAUGAAUACCCUGUACCUGCAUCUAGGUGUGCAACGGUGCAGCCAUGCCUGGCAAUGUCUUCAUGGUUCUUGGCCGUUGAACUCGAACAUUAGCUUAAGGAGCCUUGCACCCAGAUUUCACUUACGGGCAUUUGGCCGAAGUGGCAUACAUGGCGCAGAAGCAGAAGGAGGAAAAGAGCAGAAGAAGACAGAGAGUCUGGGCAGCCAGUACCCAGGACACGGCCGAGAGCAAGUGGAGAAGAACCUCCAGACUCCAGACAAGCUAAUCGCAUGUGCACUAGAAACAGGGGCUAAUGCCAGAGUCCCGGAUGACCUGGUUCCGCGAUUCACUGGCAAGGUUUCUGUAGCACUGUUCCCUGAACCGACUGUUGUGAAGCUGUUAGCUCUUCUACGCAUAAAUCGGCCGAUUUAUGCAAGUUGCACGAGCUGGUUGGCGCAACUGAGUGCUGUCCUACGUGCUUUGCGCCUUCCAUACUCGUCGGAGCAGGGGUGGGAUCUGACUAGCAUGCUGGGCUCAAUGCUCGAUUCCUUUGAUUCCUGUGCUUGCCUGCGUGGGCUUCGCGCCUGUGCAGGAUGUGCACGCCAAGCGAGCGGGCCAGGAAUCAUUUUCAGCGGCACGGGCUCAUCUUGUGCCCAGCCAAUGAUACGCUGUGCCAUCGGAGGUGAGGGUGCCGUUCCUGGUUGCCAGUCCUGCGAAGUUGCUUUACGCUAUGGCCGCAGCAACCCAAACUGGAGAAACAACGUGGGGUUGAUUGUGAGAUGGGAGCAGCCGGAUGGUCAGGUGAAGCAUGUGCAGAUCGACUGCGGCAAAACCUACCGCGAGUCAGUGCUCUCGGUAUACAAAGCGCACCAGGUCUUGUCACUGGAUGCAGUGCUCCUGACACAUGACCAUGCUGAUGCAAUUCUUGGCUUCUUGGCCAAGGGCUUCGGAAAUUGUCUGGAUGACCUGCGGCAGGUGCAGCCCUUCGACCCCGUGAAGCGUCAGGUGAUGGGCCCGCCGAUCCGCUGCUUCUGUGACCGCCGCACGCUGCUGCACUGCCGACGUGCGUUUCCAUAUUUGUUCCCCAAGCCGGAGAAGGUCCUUGGCCUUGUGCAGGCUUUCUGCCAGUGCAACAGCGACUGCAAUGGCGACUGUGGGCCAGAGCAGAUGAGCGAUGGGCCCAAUCAACCGCAGAAGCUGACACGCUUCGUGGCCAGCAUGCAGUGGCAGGAGAUUCCCGAGGAUACCUCCCCGUUCUCCGUCGAUGGCUUCCCGUUCCAUGCCCUGCCGGUCCUGCACGGCGCCGACUACACCUGCUUUGGGUAUGGCUUCGGCCCACGUGGCUCACGAGUGGUCUACAUAUCUGACUACACGGCCCUCCUGCCAAAGACCGAAGCUUUGCUUGAUCGCUGGAGCCAACAGCCAGCCCGCACCUGA